CGACCCAUCACCGCUGCCUCCCACCCACUACUCGCCCUUCCGCUGCGCUGCGCCGCCUCGUCCUCGCGCCUGUGGUCGUGCUACCGACCCUGCCGGCCUUGCAUAUCGCACCGCGCGCGCUGCCCGGCACAUCACCGGCCUCGCUGCGACGAACUGGAGUGGACGGGCGCCCGGAUCUCGCUCGGGUGCGUGCAGCUCGCCUUCGCGUCGACGCUGCUCCCACAGCCAAACCGACCUCACGUCCCAACCCACCGCAUGUCCGCGCCGCACCCCGCCACUGCCACUGCCACUACCACCCCAGCCUUGCGCUCUCGCCAUUAACCCAAGGCGCCGCCGAUUGGCCCUCCCGCGAGCUUCACGACCGUCUCCGGAGCUGGCCGCCAGUUCGGCCGCUCGCUCGCUCCUUGCGACGGUUGGAAUGUACUCAAUGCAUCCAGUCCCGGCCUUGUCAAACGGCGGCAUCGCGAACGGCAUCAUGGACCCCUCGGGCACCAUCAAUCCGGCUGCGCUGAACUCAGCAGGUGUACUCGUAAGCCCUCCGCAGGCCGUCGCACAGCAACAGUCGCGAGGCAUCAAACGCAGCCGCUCGCCAGAAAACAGCUAUGCCGAAGUGCUGCCCGGAGAGAACGGCGACGGAGAUGAAGGCAAACCCAGAAAACGCGGUCGACCGCCCAAGACAGCAAAAGUCGCGUACACUGACAGUCCCAACCGCACAUCGCAGCAGCCACCGACGCCCUCUCGAUCAGUAGCAGCCCCACCAGUGCAAACUCCUCAAUUGCCGAACGCGCCUCUUCCCCAAACUUCCCCAUCCCAGGCGUCUCCUACAAAAUCAACCCCCACCAAGUCUACAGUGAUCAAGGCACUACCGACCGUCCGAGACCAUACGACCGACCAGCUAAACGCGGAAGGCGACGAAUACAUACCGCGCGAGACAGACGAGGCAGGAGAGACAAAGGUGACGGCAACAGGCCACCCGCUUGGCGGAAGAGAAUACCGUUGUCGCACGUUCUUCGUGCCUAACCGAGGAGACAAGCUGUUCAUGCUCGCAACUGAAUGUGCUCGCGUCCUAGGCUAUCGGGACUCGUACCUCCUUUUCAACAAGAACCGUUCGCUCUACAAGAUCAUUGCUACCCAGGCAGAGAAGGACGACCUGAUCCAUCAAGAGAUUCUGCCGUACUCAUACCGUUCUCGCCAGAUCGCCAUUGUAACAGCACGGUCCAUGUUCAGGCAAUUCGGAAGCAGGCUCAUCGUAAACGGGAGACGAGUCCGCGACGACUACUGGGAGAGCAAAGCUAGGAAGCAGGGAUUUACCGAGGAAGACGCGGCAGGAGAAAAGAGGCCCGGUGCGGCGAGAGCAAGAGAAGCGGCAGCAGCUGAAGCCAGCCACGCCGGUGGGCAUAUGACAUUUGCGCAUACCGGAUCGUACACUGGCAGAAUAGACCCGGACUACCUAGGGUCGUCGGCCGCGAAUCCAUUGCACCCAUUUGGAGGCCUAACUCCCGCUCCUGGAGCGAUGCCGGCAGCAAAUGUCGAGCCAUUUGAUAACCGCACCACGACGGAUUUGCAGCCUCGGGAUUAUAGCAGCGUGCAGCGACCACGACACGAGAUAUCCGGUGUGCCCUAUCAAGACGUCACCCGGCCCACCCCUUCCGGCGAGAUUAUGAAUCAAGCAUCCCAGACCGUGGAGUUCAACAAGCAGCUUGAGCAGCAGAGGAAGAAUCGCAAGGAAUAUCUGGACAAUUACUGGGCUCGACCGCAUGAGCCCGCUCAGGUUGACCGCCCAGGAACGGCAGAGGCGAACAACGUGCCACCUGUCUCGCAAGCCGUACAGUCUCCUCGCGUUUCCUCCACAAAUGCAGUUGUUGGUGCCGGACAGUAUUCCAUGGCGGCUCAGACCCCGCAGCGACCAGGCCAAGCAAUGGGACCCCAGUCAUACAGACCCCAGCCUCAUCCCCAGAGCGCUAUGGUGCCUUCGCCCAUGGCUCCCCAACACACCCCUCUACGGUCCGAUCAGAUGCACCGACGACCACCAAGCAUGGCUAUGCCCCAAGGAAUGACGCCAGGAAUGGCCCCGGCCGGAAUGCUUCCCACGAUUGGUCAAAAUCCGGGCCACGGCUACCCUCCCCCACACAUGUGGGCACAGGGUCCUCCGCAGCCAUCUCCACUAUCGCAACAACACAACAUGCAGCAAUAUGCUCGACCCCCGCAGCAAUCCCCUCAUCCGCAACAGUCGCCUAUGCACGCUUCGCCACAGCUUCACCACGUUCAAAGCAGCGGCUCGAUGCACGGUACGCCUGUACAGCAAUACCAGACCAUGGCCGCGAUGGGAGAUUCAGGAUACCCAGCUAUGGGUCAAAAUCCGUAUCAGCCGAGCCCAAGUCCUCAUCAGUUCAUGCAACAUCAGAGUACCGCCGCGCAGCAGCCCGGUAUGCCGGGAUGGGCGCCGGGGCAGGCGCCUCAGCAAGGGUGGCAAUCAUACUGAAAACCUAGCGAUCAACGCCGUCGACCUUUUAUCACUUGCGGCCGCGAAAGUGGUUGAAGCAUAUCGGGCUGCUCGUUCCGGUCGCCUUUUACGGCGACUGAGUCCCCUACCUAGGCGCCGUGAGAGGCGCAACUAGCGACUGCGCUGCCUGCGGGUCUUAACUGACCUAGGGAACGCCGUGGGACAUACAGGCAUUGGUUGGCCCAUUGGAAGGAUCCUCGGCCCGGCACAUUUCCCAUUCCCCUUUCUUCAUACUGUACACUAAGCUCGCAUUCUACCCUCGCC